GCAUUGCUGUAGGAGUUAAAGGUCCGUGGGGAUAAUGAGAAAACCCAAGCUGCACCCUGGACCCUGAGAGGAGGGAGAUGAAGCAGAUGCGGUCUCGGCCAUGAGGGGCUCUCAUGAGGAUGCAGCGGGAGACACGAGGGAGCUUUCUGGAGAAGGUGCUUAUGCAUGGGCCCUGGAAGAUGGUUAAAGGUUGCUGCUUACCCUCGCCAGCAAGGAUGAGGUCUCGGCUUUUGUUUUCCGUGGCUCAUCUGCCCACAAUUCGGGAGACCUCGGAGGAGAUGCUGCCCGGGGGGCCUGGGCAGGAGCCCCCAGCCUCCCCCAGCCUGGAUGACUAUGUGAAGUCUAUUUGUCAGCUGGCGCAGCCCACCUCUGUGCUGGACCAGGCCAUAGACCCGGGCCGACCCAGGCGACCCCACCGGCCAGCCCAGGCCUGCGAGAAUAGCUGCACUGCGGCAUCACUACAGGACAUCACUGCCCACGUCAGUGGCCAGCAGCCCACGCUGCCUGCACCUGGCACUGCUGACCCCCUGGGCUGGCUCUUUGGGGAGUCCCAGGAAAAGCAGCCAAGUAGGAGAGACAUGCCAAGGAGGACUAGCCCCGCUGCUGGCCCCUGGGGUCCACACAGACAGACGGACAGUGGCAAGACCAGGGGGACACCCGGAGGGAGGCUCUGUGAAGCUAGGGCGCCCGGGCUCUUUCUGGCAAGACUGUCAUGGGGUGGGUACCAGAGCUCCCACUUGCUUAGCUGGACUUCUGAGCAGCCUGGCCGGACCGUGGCCUCCCCCUGCAGCCCCCGCACCAGCAGCAACCUCAGAACUCUCUACUCGCACCUCCCGGUGAUCCAUGAACUCUGACCCCUCCCCAAUAAAGGCGUCUGUAAAGAGCA